AUGAUCGAGAGUCUGGCUUUUAUAAACAGUACGAUUAGAUGGAUCUCCAAGUUUGAACAAACACCGUUGGACGACUUGUGUUUGAAAGAUCCCAUCAGUAUUCUCAACCCUGGGACUGUCCGAAAAAUCUUUGUUCUUUUGGGAAUAAAAUGCGAGCUUUCUGAUGAAACGAUAACGUUUGAGAAAUUGUUCACAUUCAUCAAGACUAUUGAUAUUGUGCAUGACAAGCCAUAUGUCCACCACUUGAGCGCCGAAUUCUUGGAUGACUCCUCACCAGAUUAUUCUUCGUUGUACAAAGUUGAUCAGCUCUACUGGCUUUGUCGGGCAUUUUUGGAUAUCGGAACUCAUGGUGGAAACUGGCGAUUUUCGCUUGCACUCGUGUUCAUUAUGGAGGAUGAAGAUCAAAACAUUUUGAAGAAGUUUCUUGAUAACGUAAGAAAGACUGGACUUUUGAGUUCAUUUACACUGAGGUUUGGUUUUUGUCCAUUUCUAACAAAUGAUCCUCAGCAAUCUUCGCCAAAUCUUCGUGAGGAAAAGAUCAAUCUUCUGAACGAGAAACUGGUAAAGAGCGAGUUUCAACUCUCCAAUUGCAAAAAAGAGCUGCGUUUGGUCAAAGCUGAGAAUUCCAGGAUUUCAGCUCUUUCGGAAAACCUUGAGAAAACUUUGUCUACAAAAGAGUCCGAAAAUAAGAACUACGCUCAACAACUCCAUCGUUUGCGCGAAGAAGCUAUCAACAACCCCAACUUCUCAGAACAAUCUCAGCUACGACUUCACGACAAGUGGAAAGUCGAGGUUCUCGAAGAGCUGGUUCUUAGCAUGAAAAUGAAAGAGUUACAUCAGUGA